AUGGCAGUCACCGCACCACGUGCCGCUGCCGUGGUCCCAGGGGCUUGCUGCGUUCAGCUCCUUGGCGGUGCGACUCGACGUGCCUCGACGCUGCCUGCCAAACCCCUUCGUUACCAGUCCGAUGGCAGCAGCAGCAGCAGCAGCAGUAGACCCCCCCGGUCCGGGAGACCAGCCAAGACGUCCGCUCUCCCGCCGCGCGCCGCCCCCGUCGCGCGCAUACUCUCCCCCGACGUCGCCAAGUUCAUCCGCAGCCGCGACGGCCACCUGACGACCACGCCCGAGACGGCGCGCUUCCUGCGCGCGCACCCGACCAUCGACCACGACCACGGCACCAUGGCCCGCCUCGAAGCCGCCGCACACACCCCGGCCGACGCCGCCGCCGCCAUCCGCCGCCUCUCGCAACAAUACGGGGUGCGGCUCGCCUGGUCCCCGCGGCACGUCAUCCACCCGCACCGGCUGCGGUUCCUGGACCCGCGCGGGCACCCGCUGGCGGCCAGGGUGUGGGCGUUCGCGACGGCGACGGGCGGCGUGAGCGCGGUGGUCUGGCAGCUGACGAAGCGGGAGCUGCUGCGGGCCGUGUUCCGGCGGCUGGCGGCGCGCGGGUACGACGAGCACGGAGGGCGGGCAGAUGGCGGCGGGGAGAUUCGCGGCACGUUGUGGCUGACGCUGUGGCGGCCGCAACAUGCGCGGCGGCUACCGGUGGAUGAGUUUGGCGAGGUCGUGGCGGACGUGCUGGAUAGGCACUACGCGGUGCGGCCGGCGUCGGCGGAAGGGCGGGGUGGGAGUGCCGAGGGUCCGACGGACGAGAUGAAGAACUGGAAGCCGCGAGAGAGAUCUGGGGUGAGGGAGGGAGAUAUGCGGAGACCCGCGGGCGAAGCCGAUGGACAAUCUACUUGGCAGCCGCGCAAAAGCAAGUGA